AUGUCAGUAUCAGAUGACUCAGACCAAGGCUCAUCAAGGCGGAUGCUGUCAAAAUCAUCGGUCUUAACGGAAGAUCAAAAGAAAGCCCACCACAUCGCCUCAGAACAAAAGAGAAGAGAAAAUAUUAGGUCAGAAUUUGAUAAGAUCGUCUCUUUAACCCCUACUUUAAACGAACUGGAGAAUAGAUCGGAAUUGAACAUUCUUACUAAGUCUGCUGAUUAUAUCGACCAAUUAAAAGAAGAUAAUGAUAAAUUAAUUCAGUUAUGUAUUAGUAAAGGCAUAAAUGUUCCCGACGAGUUGAUUUACAAAGGACCAGGAUCAGGUUCUGGUUAA